GGGGGGGUGCUUCUUCUUAAUGUUGCUGAAACCCGUAAGCUAAUUAAGCUUCUUGAUAACGAAAUCCUUAAAAUGGGAAGAGUGUUUAUCUAAUUACCAGCUGAAGAGAUCGAGCGGGUAGAUAAAAUUAGUGAAGUAAACUUAGUUAACGUCAACAAUAGAAAGCUAAGAAGGAAUCCAUUCUCUUCUCCCACUCCUCCCUUUCCCUAUAAAUAUAUCUGGCUAGCUAACUUGUAUCUGGAAUCCCCCAAUCUCCCACUGUUCGACCAUGGCUACACUAUCUCCCAUUUAUGUCGUCUAUGUCUGCUGUCUCCUCUUCAUCACUACUGUUUCACGUCUUUCCUCCACGUUGGCACAAUCAGACAUGUACAUCAUCCACAUGGAUAUGGCAGCUAUGCCAAAAGCCUUUUCCAGCCACCAUACCUGGUAUGCAGCAACCCUUUCUUCUGUCUCCAACAAUUCUGUUGCCAAUAGUAAUACUGAUGCUACCAUCCCUACCCCUAACCUUGUCUAUACCUACACCAAUGCCAUCCAUGGCUUUAGUGCACGUCUCUCUCCUUCUGAGCUUGACUCACUCAAAAAACUUCCCGGCUAUAUUUCUUCCACUCGAGAUAUUCCGGUGACGGUCCACACAACCCACACACCCGAAUUCCUUGACCUCAACCCCAACUAUGGUGCUUGGCCGGCGUCAAAUUACGGCCAAGAUGUCAUAGUUGGGUUGGUUGACACCGGAAUUUGGCCAGAGAGCGAGAGUUUUAACGAUGAUGGAAUGUCUGAAGUUCCUAGCAGAUGGAAAGGAGAAUGUGUUAAUGCCACCCAGUUCAGUUCUUCCAUGUGCAACAAGAAGCUCAUUGGAGCUCGGUUCUUUAAUAAAGGUCUUAGUGGUAAGUACCCCAAUUUGACCUUCUCCGUGAAUUCUACUCGUGACACCGACGGUCACGGGACACACACUUCGUCGACGGCUGCUGGUAAUUAUGUUGAAGCUGCAUCCCUUUUUGGAUAUGCCAAGGGAACUGCAAGAGGCAUGGCGCCGAGGUCUCAUGUGGCUAUGUACAAAGCCAUCUGGGAACUCGGUGCCUACACGUCUGAUAUUAUCGCUGCAAUAGACCAAGCAAUUCUGGACGGUGUGGAUGUUCUGUCCUUGUCCUUCGGCAGAGAUGGACUAUCCUUGUAUGCCGAUCCUGUAGCCAUAGCCACCUUUGCAGCCACUGAGAAGGGCAUUUUUGUUGUCUCGUCAGCUGGAAACGAGGGACCUGAGUAUGGGAUCCUACACAAUGGAAUACCGUGGGUGCUAACUGUAGCUGCCGGUACAGUUGAUCGUCAAUUUGACGGAAUUGUAACUCUGGACAAUGGAGUUUCAAUCACAGGAGCGUCUCUGUACCUUGGAAAUUCGUCUCUGAGCCAUGUACCGCUUGUUUUGAUGAACGAAUGUGCAAGUGUGAAGGAGUUAAAAAUGGUGGGUAACAAGAUUGUGGUGUGCGUGGACAAGAAUGAAUCUGUAUACAAUCAAGUUAACAAAGUCGAAGCUGCAAAGUUACCCGGAGGAAUCUUCAUAUCCAAUAGCUCUGAUUUGGAAUUCUAUAUUCAAACCUCAUUCCCUGCGGUUUUCUUAAGCCCUGGGGACGGCCAAGCCAUCCUGGACUACAUUCAGGGGAGCUCCGAGCCUGGGGCAACUUUGGAAUUUCGAAAAACGUCCAUUGGGACAAAGACAGCGCCGAGGUUAGCUCUUUACAGCUCUUGGGGGCCUUCUCCAAGCUGUCCAAGUGUCUUGAAGCCUGAUCUUAUGGCACCUGGUGACUUCAUAUUGGCGUCAUGGGCUCAAUCAAGUCCUGUGGGUGUGGACUCAGGGAAUCAGCUGUACAGCAGCUUCAAUAUCAUAUCUGGAACGUCCAUGGCUUGCCCUCAUGCAGCAGGAGUGGCAGCACUAUUGAAGGGGGCUCACCCUGAAUGGAGCCCUGCAGCCAUUCGAUCCGCUUUGAUGACUACAGCCGAUUUCUUAGAUAACGCUCUGAACCCCAUCCAAGUUGCUGGAUACAAAAACAAAGCAGCCAGUCCUUUAGCCAUGGGAGCUGGCCACAUAAAUCCAAACAAGGCAUUGGACCCCGGCCUUAUCUACGAUGCAAGCACAGAUGACUACGUCAGCCUCCUCUGCGCGUUGAAUUACACCAUGAAUGAAAUCAAAAUGAUCACAAGGUCUUCUGAUUUCAAUUGCUCAAACCCGUCUUUGGAUCUUAACUACCCAUCUUUCAUCGCCUUCUUCAAUGCCCAGGAUUCGGGUUCAGAUGCCAAAGUCGUGCAAGAAUUUCAAAGGACGGUUACUAACGUUGGAGAAGGGAUGUCAACAUAUACGGCUUAUUUGACACCGAUGGAUGGUUUUCAGGUGGCUGUGGUGCCGGACACACUGGUAUUCCGGGAAAAAUACGAGAAGCUAAGCUACAAACUCAGUAUUGAGGGUCCAACAAGGAUGAAAGAGAAAGUGGUUCAUGGUUCUAUCAGCUGGACUGAUUCUGGCGGUAAACAUGUUGUUAGGAGUCCCAUAGUGACUACAAGUCUUAGCUCAGAACCUCUGUGAUCCGGGGACAGUUCACAGUUAAGUCUCUCUCUCUCUCUCCGGUUGGCCCAGUAUUGAUAAAUCAAGCUUACUUGCUUGUAGUAGUUUAUAUUCAUACAAAUAAGAAAUUAGAACUUUGCAGCACAGAGUUAUGUCAUUUCAUCUGAUAUUUGACAACUUUCUUAAUUUAGUUUUUACUUUUUGGCAA